CCGUGACUCGACGGCCACGAAGAAGAGGGAUAAAAUUGAGAACGAUUAAACAGGCGAUUGAUUUCUCCACCGCUCAAAAUGGCGACGGCGACGGCGACGGCGACGGCGACGGCGACAUCGGAACGAGUCGAGUUAGCCAAGCACUGCAGUUCACGGAACUGGUCUAAAGCGAUCCGAGUUCUCGAUUCGCUCCUUGCUAAGCAGUCUUCAAUUUUGGAUAUAUGCAAUAGAGCGUUUUGUUAUAAUCAAUUGGAGCUUCACAAGCAUGUGAUUAAGGACUGUGACAAGGCACUUCUGCUUGAACCUUGUGCCAUUCAAGCUUUUAUUCUCAAAGGACGCGCUCUUUUGGCUUUGGGGAGAAAACAGGAAGCUGUUCUUGUUUUGGAGCAAGGGUAUAAAAAUGCUUUGCAGCAGACAGCAGAUGUGAAGCAGUUACUUGAAUUAGAAGAACUCCUCAAAGAUGCAAGACGAGAAAUUGACGCUACCGAGUCUCGGCAAGAGACCCCUGCCUCUCCUAGUGAGAAGUCUGAUGAAAAAACUGACAAGCUGGACAACUAUGAAUCAGGAGCAUGUACCAAUGGGAACUCCCAUGACCACGAGCCAUCUAGGGAAUUGGCGUACAAGGAAAAAGAGAAUGGAAAGUGUGGCAGCCAAAUCAAUGGUUCUUAUGAAUCAUGUAAACCAUGUAAUGGUUCUGAUUUGCAUGAUAAUUUAGCUGAAAGUUCCGAUCGGUUAGGGGACCUGUCGAUUAAUGGAAACAAGUUAAUUAUUAAGUCUAGCAAAAUGAGCCAUAAAGCUGAGGCACGUUGCGGAGUUAGCGAUGAAACCAGGAAAAAUAAGAAGUACACCAUUGCAAGAAUAUCAGGAACCCAUUCUAUAAGUGUGGAUUUUCGACUUUCUAGAGGCAUUGCACAGGUGAAUGAAGGAAACUAUACGAAAGCUAUUUCUAUUUUUGAUAAGGUGCUGAAAGAAGAACCUACUUACCCUGAGGCACUUAUAGGAAGAGGAACAGCUUAUGCAUUCCAACGAGAGCUUGAAAGUGCUAUCGCUGAUUUUACUAAGGCUAUCCAAUCUAACCCAGCAGCAACUGAGGCCUGGAAGCGGAGAGGACAGGCUCGUGCUGCUCUUGGGGAAUAUGUUGAGGCGGUUGAAGAUUUGACUAAAGCACUUGAUUUUGAGCCAAACUCACCUGAUGUAUUGCACGAAAGGGGUAUUGUUAAUUUCAAAUCUAAGGACUUCACUGCUGCUGUAAAGGACCUAUCUAUAUGUCUGAAGCAAGAGAAAGAUAACAAGUCUGCAUAUACUUAUUUGGGACUAGCAUUUGCUUCUCUUGGUGAAUAUAAAAAAGCUGAAGAGGCGCAUUUGAAGUCCAUCCAAUUGGAUAGUAAUUAUCUUGAAGCAUGGCUUCAUCUCGCCCAGUUCUAUCAAGAGUUGGCCGACCACUGCAAGGCUUUGGAAUGCAUUGAGCAGGUUCUACAGGUCGACAACAGGGUUUGGAAGGCCUAUCACUUGCGUGGACUAGUGUUCCAUGGAUUAGGCGAACACAGGAAGGCUAUCCAAGAAUUAUCUAUUGGCUUGAGCAUUGAGAACACAAUAGAGUGCUUGUACCUACGAGGUUCCUGCUAUCAUGCCGUAGGAGAGUAUAGAGAUGCGGUGAAAGACUAUGAUGCUACAGUUGACGUGGAACUUGAUGCAGUGGAGAAAUUUGUUCUUCAAUGCUUGGCGUUUUAUCAGAAGGAGCUUGCCUUGUAUACAGCUUCCAAAGUUAGUAGUGAGUUUUUCUGCUUUGAUAUUGAUGGUGACAUAGACCCUAUGUUCAAGGAGUACUGGUGCAAAAGAUUACACCCAAAAAAUGUAUGUGAAAAGGUUUACAGACAACCUCCCCUACGUGAAUCACUUAAGAAGGGUAAACUGAAAAAGCAAGAUCUUGCAAUAACCAAACAGAAGGCGAAUGUUCUUCGUUUUGCUGAUUUAAUAGGCAAGAGGAUCCAAUAUGAUUGUCCUGGAUUCUUACCAAACAAACGCCAGCACCGUAUGGCAGGAUUGGCUGUGAUAGAGAUUGCUCAAAAAGUUUCCAAAGCUUGGCGCAUAGAGUGGAGGAAUUCAACCAAAGGCACCACAAAAAAUGGAAAGAAAAACCGGAGGAGAGAGAGAACCAACAUACUUAGCCAGAAUAGAGGUGGUGCUGGGUGUAGUAGUAGCAGUUUCAGUGAAACUUCAACUGGAUAUGCCUCACUAGAAGAUAGAUCAUCUGGCCGCUCUAUGUUGUCUUGGCAAGACGUUUAUUCCCCUGCUGUCAGAUGGAGACAAAUUUCAGAGCCUUGUGACCCAGUUGUCUGGGUUAACAAACUAAGUGAAGAGUUUAAUUCUGGGUUUGGUUCUCAUACACCAAUGGUACUCGGACAAGCUAAAGUAGUACGCUAUUUCCCAAAUUAUGAAAGAACCCUGACUCUUGCAAAGAGCAUCAUCAAGGAUAAACUCUCUGUACGCAGCAAGAAAGAUAAAGUUAUUGAUCUUUCUAAAGACGAGAAGAUAGAAAAAAUAAUGCGUGCUGAAACGUGUGAUGAGCUACACAAAAUUGUUGGUGAGGAUUUCUGGGUGGCUACUUGGUGCGACAGUACCGGAUCUGAAGGGAAACGCCUCGAAGGAACUAGAAUCACCUGCAUUCAAAAACCGGGAAGGCUUGGGUACGAUUUUUCAAUUCGAACUCCAUGUACACCUGCAAGGUGGAGCGACUUUGAUGAAGAAAUGACCUCAGCUUGGGAGGCUUUAUGCAAUGCCUAUUGUGGAGAGAACUAUGGUUCUACCGAGCUGGACGCUUUAGAAACCGUUAAAGACGCUAUCCUACGCAUGACAUAUUACUGGUACAAUUUUAUGCCAUUAGCUCGAGGGACUGCUGUAACGGGAUUUGUAGUAUUACUUGGACUUCUGCUUGCUGCUAAUAUGGAGUUCACUGAGACUAUCCCGAAAGGGUUACAGAUCGAUUGGGAAGCUAUACUUAAUGUUGAGCCGGAUUCCUUUGUUGAUUCGGUUAGGUCUUGGUUAUACCCGUCCCUGAAAAUCAACACGUCGUGGAGAGAUCAUCCGGAUAUUUCCUCGGCUUUUUCGACAACAGGAGCGGUUGUUGCGGCGCUUAGUUCUUACAACGAUUGAGUUUCAAUUUCUCUCUGUCUCUCCCUCUCUCUCUGCCUCUCUCUCACAAUCUUUCAUAAGAGGUGAAGAAAACUAACCAAACCAUGAGCAGUAAGAAAACUUGUGUUUCCGU